AUGUUACGAUAUCUUAACGGAUCCUCUUACAAAGACCUCAAACUGAACGUUUCGAUCGCUCAGAUUCUGGAUUUUGACAUCGGCAUGUUUCUUCUGGCCCACCAAUACGAUAUCAAAUGCUUGCGCAGUCGGGCAAUUAACCACUUCCACAAAGAUGCAGAGAACCUGAUUUGCUUUGAUACCGUUGCCCGCGGCAUUCGACGUCUACUGGGUCCCAAUGCCCCUCGUCUCGCAGACUCAUCGCUGCAAGACAUCGCUUUCCAAUUUUGUAUGGAACACGUUGAAGAUUUGCUGCAAAAUCAAACUUUCCACGAUCUGCUCAGAGAUGGCUCACUACUGAAUUGA